AUGGCUGACCACUCUACCGUCUACCGUACAUCGCCCGUCUACCCGUACACCGCCCUGCCGUCUGCCGUAUACCGCCCCAUCUACACACCGCCCUACUCUCUACCCGUAUACCGCCCUACCGUCUACCCGUAUGCCCGCACACCCCCUACCGUCUACCCGCACCGCCCUACCGUCUACCCACCCAACCCUACCGUCUACCCACACACCGCCCUACCGUCUACCCGCACACCGCCCUACCGUCACCCGCACACCGCCCUACCGUCUACCCGCCACACCGCCUACCGUCUACCCACACCGCCCUACCGUCUACCGCACACCGCCCUACCGUCUACCCACACACCGCCCUACCGUCUACCCGCACACCGCCCUACCGUCUACCCGCACACCGCCCUACCGUCUACCGCACUGCCCUACCGUCUACCCGCCGCACGCCGCCUCACCGUCUACCCGCUCACCGUCUACCCGCACGCCGCCUCACCGUCUACCGCACGCCGCCUCACCGUCUACCCGCACCGCCUACCCGUCCAAUCUCUAAUGACAGAGAAAAUGAUUCCAGAAACUUCUGCUGAUACCAACACAAAAUACAUACAGUACAUGAGUUAA